GUCGCCUGCAGAGCAAAGGAAGCCAUGAUCCUUUAAUGCGGUUCUGACACAUGAAUCCGGACAGUCAGGCCAGUAGGAAGAGGGCUUGAAUUGGUUUUGUUAUGCUGGUUCGCUUUUAUGCGUUAAAUAUUAAAAUCGGCGUGUCGGCGUGUCGGUGUGACGGGGUGGUGUAGCGCACGAGAUGAAGGUGGUGAAUCUCAAGCAGGCCAUCCUGCAGGCCUGGAAGGAGCGCUGGAGUGACUUUCAGUGGGCCAUCAACAUCAAGAAGAACUUCCCCAAGGGAGCUACCUGGGACUACCUCAACCUGGCUGAAGCUCUCCUGGAGCAGGCCAUGAUUGGACUGUCGCCCAACCCUCUCAUCCUGUCCUACCUGAAGUACGCCAUCAGUUCGCAGAUGGUUUCCUAUUCCAGCAUUUUGACAGCUGUUAGUAAGUUUGACGAUUUCUCCCGGGAGCUCUGCGUCAAGUCCCUGCUGGAGAUAAUGGACAUGUUCUCCCAUCAGCUCAGCUGCCACGGCAAGGCGGAGGAGUGCAUCGGGCUGUGCCGCUCCCUGCUGGCCGCGCUGGUGUGGCUGCUGCAGGGCUGCGCCUGGUACAGCGCGCGGCUGCGCGAGCAGGGGGAGCAGGCGGGGGAGGCCAGCCUGCGGGCCUGCGUGGACCGGCUGGAGGGGCUCCUGCGGGGCACCAAGAACCGGGCCCUGAUCCACAUCGCCCGGCUGGAGGAGCAGGCCUCCUGGACCAAUGUGGAGCAGGCGGUGAUCCGAGUGACGGAGAACCUCAACAGUUUGACCAAUCAGGUGCUGAGGAGCAAGCUGGAGGAGUGCCUGUCAUUGGUGAAGAGUAUCCCCCUGAUGCUGGUGGUGCAGGCCGAGCCCCCCCAGCGCACCUCCUUCCCCUCGGUGCACACCCUGGUCAUGCUGGAGGGCACCAUGAACCUGACCGGGGAGACGCAGCCCCUGGUGGAGCAGCUCAUGAUGAUCAAGAGGAUGCAGCGGAUCCCCUCGCCCCUGUUCGUGCUGGAGAUCUGGAAGGCCUGCUUCACCGGGCUGAUCGAGUCGCCGGAGGGCACCGAGGAGCUGAAGUGGACCGCCUUCACCUUCCUCAAGAUCCCCCAGGUACUCCUCCGGCUGAAGAAGUAUCCUCAGGGAGAGAAGGACUUCAUGGAGGAUGUGAACAUUGCCUUUGAGUACCUGCUGAAGCUCACCCCACUGCUGGACAAGGCGGACCAGAGGUGCAACUGUGACUGUAUCGAGCUGCUGCUGCAGGAGUGCAGGAAGCUGGGCCUGCUGUCUGAGGCCAACACUUCGAACCUCAGCACCAAGCGGGAGCACGCCCCACGGUUAAAGACGGCCGAAAACGCCAACAUCCAGCCCAAUCCUGGGCUCAUCCUGCGCGCGGAGCCCACCGUGACCAACAUCCUCAAGACAGUAGAUGCUGAUCACUCCAAGUCCCCGGAAGGGCUGCUGGGAGUGCUGGGUCACAUGCUCUCUGGGAAGAGUCUGGAUCUGCUCUUGGCUGCUGCAGCCGCAACAGGGAAACUCAAGUCAUUUGCCAGGAAGUUCAUCAAGCUGAAUGAGUUUCCCAAGCACAUCAGCGGGGAAGGCUCGAAGCCAGCCUCCGUGCGUGCCCUGCUGUUCGACAUUUCCUUCCUCAUGCUGUGCCACGUGGUCCAGACCUAUGGCUCAGAGGUGAUCCUGUCGGACCCCAGCCCCUCGGGGGAGACGCCCUUCUUCGAGACCUGGCUGCAGACCUGCAUGCCGGAGGACGGGAAGAUCCUGAACCCCGACCACCCCUGCUUCCGGCCCGAGCCGGGGAAAGUGGAGAACCUGGUGGCCCUCCUCAACAACUCUUCGGAGAUGAAGCUCGUUCAGAUGAAGUGGCACGAAAUCUGCCUCAGCACGCCCGCGGCCAUCCUGGAGGUGCUGAACGCCUGGGAGAAUGGCGUGCUGACUGUGGAGUCCGUACAGAAGAUCACCGACAACAUCAAGGGGAAGGUGUGCAGCAUGGCGAUCUGCGCUGUGGCUUGGCUGGUGGCCCACGUGAGAAUGCUGGGCCUGGACGAGAGGGAGAAGCCCCAGACCAUGAUCCGGCAGCUGAUGACGCCUCUCUACGGACACUCUGCGGAGAACACCCUGCAGUUCUACAACGAGCGGGUGGUGAUCAUGAGCUCCAUCCUGGAGCACAUGUGCGCGGACGUCUUCCAGCAGACCGGCGUGGUGCUGCGGCCGCCCAUGGAGGGCCUGGAGCCUGUCCCUUACCGGAACCUGCUGGCCCCCCGCGAGCCCAUCCGCGCCGCCCUGAGCCACCAGUUCUCGGAGGUGCUGCAGCGAGGCUGGGUGGACAGCCAGGCCCUGCACCUCUUUGAGAGCCUCUUGCACAUGGGGGGGGUCUUCUGGUUCACCAACAACUUGGUCAAGGAGCUGCUGAGGGGGACCCGGCAGGAGUGGGUGAUGUGUGCGGUGGAGCUUCUGUACAGUAUCUUCUGCCUGGACAUGCAGCAGAUCACUCUCACCCUCCUGGGGCAAAUCCUGCCCAGCCUGCUCACGGACUCGGCGCGCUGGCACAGCCUGGCAGACCCCCCGGGCAAGGCCCUGGCCAAGCUGGCGGUCUGGUGUGCGCUCAGCUCCUACUCGACCCACCACAAAGGCCAGGCCUCCGCGCGGCAGCGCAAGAGACAGCGAGAGGACAUCGAGGAUUACAACAGUCUGUUUCCAUUGGACGACACGCAGCCCUCCAAGCUGAUGCGUCUGCUGAGUUCCAAUGAGGACGACCCAGUCAUUCUUUCCAGCCCAGGGGACCGGUCCAUGAGCAGCUCGCUGUCGGCCUCCCAGCUACACACUGUCAACAUGAGAGACCCCCUCAACCGUGUGCUGGCGAACCUGUUCCUGCUGGUGUCAUCUAUCCUGAGUUCGAAGACCGCGGGGCCGCACACGCAGUUCGUGCAGAGCUUCAUGGAGGAGUGCGUGGAGUGCCUGGAGCAGGGCAGCCGCGGAAGCAUCCUGCAGUUCAUGCCCUUCACCAUGGUGUCCGAGCUGGUGAAACUGACCGCCCUGGCAAAACCCAAGGUGGUACUGGCCAUCACAGACCUGAGCCUGCCACUAGGGAGGAGAGUAGCCGCCAAGGCUAUUGCGGCCCUAUAGACACUCUGCGUAGCCCUGCAGGGGGCGCUGUGGCACUGUUCUGUUGCAGCACUACCACGGAAACAUCCACAUGCCAAAGUCUAUUUAAACAUCCCCGUGGACAACACAUGUGGCAGCAGGGAGCUGGACACACUCCAUGGGCACACUGUGUACUCCAAUUUAGGCUGGGCUUGGUUCCAAAGGAAUCCAGUUAUUUGACGUUUCAUCUUUGAGCGCAAGGGGCUCUGGGGAGACCAACAGCCUGUGCCCUGAAAAUGAAAAUGGACUGAGCUGUAUUUGUUCACUUAAGCUACACGAUGUAAUAGCCUCGGAACCACAAAAACGGAUUUGCGUUGUUUUGUUUUUUUUACUGCUUAUAAUGAAAAUCAGUGCAAGCUGAACAUUUGACCUUUGUGUUAAAGUUAAAGCGUAACGAAUAAUAAAAAAAAAAAGUACCUUUAUGCACGCUUUCUUACAAAGAGGUUGUCUUAGUUCCAGUCUUGUGUUGUAAGGAGCAGAGUGUUGUCUCAUCCCGGAAGUGAUGCACAGGAAGAGAUGUGUUUUCCGAGGUUCAGAGUCUCCAGAAGGAAACCACAUGCGUGUCAUAGAUGAGGCAACUCCAGCCACAGCCACAGGG